AGAAGUACGUCAGGUGAUUAAUCACAUGAUCUGUCCUCUGCAAACAUGGCUGUUGUGUACACAUCGAAUUGAAUUACUGUGAGAAACCAACUUCCUAUACCACCGGGGCAGAUGUGCAGAGAUGAUACACGGUUUGGCUGUGUCGCUUUUAACGUUCACUUUAAUUUACGCAUCCUUCGGUAAUGAAAUUGAAGAAAAGUCGACUUCAGUUACUGAAGAUCCGAAGCCGCACUCGGCAUCCGAAGAAGGACGAAGUUGUGGAUGCAACUUUCUGAACAGAGCCGGUGUCUCUAGUGGAAGUGAAAGCGGAGUUUUAUUUCCUGAGGCUGCUGUCAAAUACACAAGAGAGGCAAAUGAGCCGCCAGUCAAAAACACUAAGGAGAAAGCAAGGUUCAAUCAGAUGGUGCUGAUCCCCAGGGGAGUGUUCCUGAUGGGGACAGAUGAGCCGGCUAUACCUCAGGACGGAGAAGGGCCAGCCAGAAGAGUGCACAUUCAGCAGUUCUACAUGGAUAUGUAUGAAGUCAGCAACUUGGAGUUUGAGCACUUUGUAAAUGCUACUGGUCAUGUAACAGAGGCAGAAAAGUUUGGAGACUCUUUUGUGUUUGAAGGUCUAUUGAGUGAAAAAGUAAAGAACAAAAUCACACAGGCUGUUGCCGCUGCUCCCUGGUGGAUGCCAGUGAAAGAAGCCAACUGGAGACAACCUGAAGGUCCUGAUUCGAGCCUUGCAGAUAGGCUUGAGCACCCUGUUUUGCACGUGUCCUGGAACGAUGCGGUGGCGUACUGCGCCUGGGCGAAAAAGCGUCUGCCUACAGAGGCUGAGUGGGAGUACGCCUGUCGGGGAGGACUGGAGAACAGACUGUUCCCAUGGGGCAACAAACUCCUCCCUAAAGACCAGCAUUAUGCCAAUAUCUGGCAAGGAGACUUCCCAGCACACAACACUGGGGAGGAUGGGUACACUGAAACCUCACCAGUGACUGCCUUCCCUCCCAAUGGAUACGGUCUGUAUAACAUGGUGGGUAACGCCUGGGAAUGGACAGCAGACUGGUGGAGUGUACAUCACAGCACUGACGAGACUCGCAACCCGGUACGGACCACUUCCUUUUCACUGAGACGGGCCCUGCCACAGGAAAGGACAAGGUGAAGAAAGGAGGAUCCUACAUGUGUCACAAGUCUUAUUGUUACAGGUAUCACUGUGUGGCUCGUAGCCAAAACACCCCUGAUAGCUCUGCCUCCAACCUGGGCUUCCGCUGUGCCGCUGACCAGCUCCCAGACUACCUGCAGUGAAGGGUCGAGGACCACACGUGGAGCCCUGCAAUACAUCUAUUGAUCUGAAUGACAACCACGAGGCAGGCCUGCCUUGAACAAAGUUGUCAUAGAUUCUAAACUUCUUUUCAGGAUCUAUACCAUGAAUAGUUUCUGUUUUGGACAGGAUCAGCGAGUGCUCUCCUCAUUCACCCCCCAUAGGAAAGAUGUAGACCCAUUAUAUAAACACAUGUGUACUGUCAUGUGUGACGCAGGCCUUUCUGUAAUCCGCAAGUUGAUAGUGUGAUUGGAUCAGCACGAUGUCAGAAGUCUUUGACUGCUUGUAUUAUCAAUUUUAAUAAUGAUUUUGUUGUUAUUGUGUAUUGAUACCUGUCUGGAAUAAAAUGUCAGUACAAAGAAGAAAGUA